CUUUUUUAAAAAAAAAAAAAAAAACUGUGAAGCCUCCACCAGCGAGAGAGGUUAUUUUUGUUAUAAUUGUUGAUGCUCUGGAACACUCUUCUCUUGGCUCCUUUUCCGUCUCUGCCCCCUUGUUGCUCAAGUCUGCCCCUUGAGGGCUUGGUGUCUCCGUACUCUAAGAGCAGGAUAUUUCCUCACUUCCUCCAGAGACCAAAGGUCAGACUAAUGAGCUUUAAGCCUCCAGAGAGCUUUGUCUGAAAGGAAGCCCCAGAGAAGGGCUUAUCUUGGACUCUGUCCUCAAAUAGCCAGUGAUGAAAAGUCCACACAGCUGGCAAAUGGGUGGUUGGUUUCUCCUCACUGGAAACAGGAUCCCAGCAGGAGAUGGACAGCUGCGUUGCAGGCAUUGUCCAUUGCUUUUGGGCUCUCGUGGGCCUUUUUAAGUACACUCUGAUUUUCACGGGGGUGUUUUAGACUCAAAAAGGCUGGGAGGAAAGAAUCCAUUUUGCCAAAGGGUUUAAUACAGAAGAAAAAAAAAAAGAUGAAAGAGACCUUGGCCAGAUUUAUUUAUUUAAGAGAAACCAUGAAAGUGUGAGUGAGGGGAAGGACAGAGGGAGAGGGAGAGAAUCUCAAGCAGACUUCCUGCUGAACUUGGAGCCUGCUGCAGGCCUCCAUCUCACAACCCUGAGACCAUGACCUGAGCUGAAACCAAGAGUUGGAUGCUCAACUGACUGCGCCACCCACGCGCCCCCUUGGCAGUGGGUUUGGAGAACAUUGGAAGCUCUCUGCUUUUCCCAACCAUCUCUUCACCCUGCUCUCAACACCAAAAAAGCAGCCCUUAAGCCUUGGCAAAGUCAGUGUAGCAAAGUAGAUGACGAAGACUGGGUGAGUCCCCAGCAGGGAGAUGGGAUGAUAAGUAGCAGUGGACAUGAUAACAGAUAACACAUAGAAGCAACAGGAAGCUAAGAGGAAACCAGCAAGAGGCUCUUCUGUGUUCCACCUUCAGCCAUCAAGUUCAGCACUGUCCAGGUUGUUUGUUUCAACUGGUGAUGAAAUGGGGGUGAACCAGUCCAUGAGCUUCCCACCUGUCACAGGACCCCACCAUGUAGGCUGCGGGGAUGUGAUGGAGGGCCAGGGUCUCCAGGGGAGCUUCUUUCGACUCUUCUACCCCUGCCAAGAGUCAGAGGAGACCACCGAGCAGCCUCUGUGGAUUCCCCGCUAUGAGUACUGCACUGGCCUGGCCAAUUACCUGCAGUUUAAUAAGCGCUGGGGCGGGCUGCUGUUCAGCUUGGCUGUGGGAUCGUGUCGCCUGCCUGUUAGCUGGAACGGCCUGUUUAAGGCAAAGGACUCUGGAUACCCCUUGAUCAUCUUCUCCCAUGGCAUGGGAGCCUUCAGGACGCUGUAUUCAGCCUUCUGCAUGGAGCUGGCCUCCCACGGCUUUGUGGUUGCUGUACCAGAACACAGGGAUGGGUCGGCUGCGACCACCUGUUUCUGUAAGCAGGCCCCGGAGGAGAGCCAGGCCACUAAUGAGUCGCUGGAGGAGGAAUGGAUCCCUCACCGACAAAUUGAAGAAGGGGAGAAGGAAUUCCAUGUCCGGAAUUGCCAGGUGUAUCAGAGGGUAAGCGAGUGUACUCGGGUGUUGAGGAUCCUGCAAGAGGUCACUGCUGGGCAGAUUGUUCUCAACAUCUUGCCUGAUGGGUUGGAUCUGACGACUUUGAAGGGCAGCAUCAACAUGAGCUGCGUGGCUGUGAUGGGACAUUCAUUUGGCGGGGCUACAGCUCUAUUGGCUUUGGCCAAGGAGACCCAGUUUCGGUGUGCUGUGGCUCUGGAUGCUUGGAUGUUUCCCCUGGAACAUGACUUUUACCCCAAAGCCAGAGGUCCUGUGUUUUUUAUCAAUGCUGAAAAAUUCCAAACAGUGGAGAGUGUCAACUUGAUGAAGAAGAUAUGUGCUCAACAUGAACAGUCCAGAAUCAUAACUGUGCUUGGUUCUGUUCAUCGGAGUCAAACUGAUUUUGCUUUUGUGGCUGGUAACUGGAUUGGUAAAUUCUUCUCCACUCAAACCCGUGGGAGCUUGGACCCCUAUGAAGGUCAAGAGAUUAUGGUGAGGGCCAUGUUGGCCUUCCUGCAGAAGCACCUUGACCUGAAAGAGGACUAUGACCAGUGGAACAGCCUCAUUGAAGGCAUCGGACCAUCGCUUACCCCAGGGGCCCCACACCAUCUGUCCAGCCUGUAGGCACAACCAGCCAUUUGUGAAAGGUCACUGGGCUGAGUUACCAUUUGGGGCCUUCACGGGGAUACCUGUAGCCUCCUAUCAAGAACUGGUUGAGAUGACCCUUCUUCACAGUUUGAGAGGAUGUAAUCACACUGCUGAUUGGAUAACUGGAUACUUUGAUCUUGGACUUGUUGAUUUUAAACUCAUGCUGAGACUUGGAUCACUUACUGAUUGGCACACUGGCUUUCUGGGAACUGAACCCUGAUGGUGUGGGGAACAAGCAGUGGGGUAGAGUUGGGGUGGGGGGUUUCUUCAAACCCCAAACUGAGCACUGUUAACUCAGUGGCCUAUUCCCUCCCCUUGAGCCAGUGUGGCUUCUGGCGUGGAAGAAAUUAAGCCAAAGGGUUGAAGUAAAUUUCCUACCUUCGAGACCUUUAGCCCAGCCUAGCACUGUCUCUUCUUACCUCUCAGCCUUCUCCCUCCCGAGGGCCACUUGGUAAGUUCUGAGCACUUUUGGAAACUUUCUAGGAUAUGGACCACCAUCAGAUUUUCCAUUUGUUUUUAAGCCUUCUUGUUGCAAGAAACAUGGUCAGGCCUCAGACUUGUGAGCCCACAGAGGAGGCAGCAACAUUGUCCUCACAGCAUAAGGAGAGAAACGAAGGGCCAGAGCGGUAUCAUAGAAGCUUGGAUGUCAUGGAGGUUUGCCAAAAGUCUAUCUUGACAAGAGUCAACACAAGUUGGUGGAGGUGAAGAAGAUAGAUUAAUGCCGUUAAGUGGCCAUUUGAAUAAGACACAAGGGGAUCCCUGGGUGGCGCACCGGUUUGGCGCCUGCCUUUGGCCCAGGGCGCGAUCCUGGAGACCCGGGAUUGAGUCCCGCGUCGGGCUCCCGGUGCAUAGAGCCUGCUUCUCCCUCUGCCUGUGUCUCUGCCUCUCUCUCUGUGUGUGUGUGACUAUCAUACAUAAAUAAAAAUUAAAAAAAAAUGAAUAAGACACAAGAGGGAGGACACAAGAGGGAGGCAGUUUGGUAAGUUAGAAUUCAGGCAGCCACCCCUAGAGAUGUCUAGGAAUACUUUGGUCUUGCCUCUUACAUCAGAUAUCAUGAGCCUCCAACUUGCUCAGAAUCAGGGUACUAUAGUUGUCUGUUUUCCGGCUCUUAGGCCCUAGCCUCAAAUGUAAGUCAAGAUAUAGGCUGAAUUUCCAUUCUGUUCCAUUUAUAAUACGAAUGAUAUUAAUACUCAUGUUUGCCUAAUGAUAUGUUGGAAUAUUUUCUUUAUUUAAUCUGCAUUAGAGCAAGAUGGCGAGCCAUCUGGAAGUAACUUUUCCUUCUGUCUUUCUUUGUUCGCUUACCACUUACGCCCAUGUGGAAAAAAAAAAAAAAAAACUUUAAAAGGAAAGGAAAUCUUCCUAGGGAUCUAACUCAGAGCUAUCCGAGAACAUCAACCUGAUACUCUCCUCUCCAUUCCUCUAGACUUCAUACCUCAGCCCAGGUAGGGGGCCCCAGACGAGGCAGGAGCAAAAGGGAAAUGCAUCUCUACACAGUAGAUCCAAGGUCAGUGCCACCGAAGCAACCUGGAACCAUGUCUCCCAUCUCUCAACAGCUAUUCUUUCUAAGACAUGAAACAUCAGAUCCACUGAGUCUGUGGACCUUGGGAAUUCACCUUAUAAAUUCCGGUGAGAUCGAACAUAAGGAAAAUAUCAUUCAUUAAACCACUGGGCUCUCAAA